CGUAUGUCCUAGUGCCUCGUCAUGGCGGCACAGACCCGUGCUCUGGUGUCAGGUCAGUGGCUGGCAGAUGCUGUCAGAAACAACCUCGUCGGUCCCAAGCUUCGCAUCCUGGACACCUCAUGGUAUCUGCCGAAAACCAAGCGGGACGCGAAAGCUGAGUUCGUGCAGAAGCACAUACCGGGCUCCUCGUUUUUUGACAUAGACGACUGCAGUGACAAGAGCUCCGCGCUUGAUCACAUGCUGCCAACUCCAGGCCACUUCUCCCAGUAUGUAGGAGAUCUGGGCAUCGGGAACGACACGCACGUAGUCGUGUACGACACCAGCGACUUCGGGUCGUACAGCGCGCCCCGGGUGUGGUGGAUGUUCCGGCUCUUCGGACACAGUUUGGUCUCGGUGCUGGACGGAGGAAUGAGGAACUGGCUGGCUGACGGCUAUCCGGUGACUUCUGAGUACUCCAAACCGGAGCGCCGCGAGUUCAAGGCGACUUUUAAUCAGUCGUGGGUGAAGAGCUAUGAAGACGUCCUGGAGAACAUCGGAACCAAGCAAGUCCAGGUUGUGGAUGCCAGGUCUGCUGGCAGGUUCAGGGGGACUGAGCCGGAGCCUCGAGAUGACACCUUGCCGGGCCAUUUCCCCGGUGCAAUCAACAUGCCGUUCACUUCUUUCAUGGACGGCUCUGGAAAGGAGCUGGGAAAUGAGGGCCUGUCCAGACUCUUCAAAGAGGCGGGGGUGGACCUGGAGCGACCACUCUGGGUUUCCUGUGGUUCUGGUGUCACGGCAUGUCAUGUCGUUAUGGCUGCUCACCUGCUUGGCCACCCUGGGGUGUGUGUUUAUGACGGCUCCUGGUCUGAAUGGUUUAAAAGGGCACGUCCGGAGCAUAUCAUCUCAGAGGGAGAUAGAAAGGAGGUGUGAACAAGAGGCAGUGGACUAAUAGAAACAAGGAUGUGUGUUACUUUUACAAAGGAAAGCUGUGUGUUUGCUGCCAACAAGAGCGGCAGAUCGAAACUGCAAAACUAGCCACAUAGUUUUCAAAUAUGAGGAGUUACUAUAUAUUGUAGAAACCUGUGCUCAGUGAGCUUGUAAUGAAACCUCAUUACUAACAUAACAGUUGCGAGUUUCGGCAGCUGUCAGAAACCUUUAAUGAAAAUUUCCCCUACAUUAUGCAAAUUACUAUAAUUUUCAUUAUGGGAAAGUUACAUAAUCAAAAAAAAAAAAUAGUGAUUCGAAAAUAACGUGAUAGUUUUUGUUUGUUUGUUGGAUGAUCCAAAACAUUUAUGAUCCAUCUCUUGGAAAGAUGUCACUAUUAUUAUACAAUUAUCAAACUAUCUUCUAAGAAAUGUGUUGAGACAGGAGAAGUUUAAUUCUUGGGAAGAGUGCACUUUCUUGAUAGGAGGGUAUCAUGUGGGCUUAUUGUAUUCUUUUACAAAUAUUACAAUAAAUGGAUGCUUGAG